AACAAAGAACCACAACAAAUGGUAGAGCAGUUUUCGUAAAUCAUGAUAUGAGAAUAACAACUUGGGAAGAUCCUCGUAAAACAGCACGUCAGCACAUGCUGAAUUUUAUUUCAAAAGAAAAUUUAAGGUUUAUACCAGACUUUUCGUAUUUAUCCGCUGAAAGGAUACUUAAUCAAAAAACAUUAAAGAUGCUGCAAGAUGAAUAUGACUUCUGUCCAGAUUGCAAUCAAGCAAAUACGUAUGAAGAUUGGUGGUUAAUCGAUGAUAAUUGGAAAUACAAAGAAUCUUCAAGUCGAAAUAGUAAUAGCUUAAAAACUGGCCUUCUGGUUGCAUUAAAAAGGCUUAAUGACUCAUCACAGAUUAAUGAUAAAUUCUUAAAUGAAUUAAAAUAUCACAUAAAUGCUUUUAAGAUGACAGAUAUUUUAUUACCACUACUUGGAAUUACUCAAGAUCCCGAGACUUUAGAAUAUAUAAUCGUGAUGAAUUAUGUAUAUGGAGGGAGCUUAAGGAAUAAUUUACAUCAAAUAUGCAGGAUGAAUUGGAAAAAACGAUUAUUUAUUUUAAAUUCAAUUAUAUUUGGACUUAUUGGAAUUCAUCGAUUAGGAAUAGUUCAUAAAGAUUUACACAAUAUAAGAGAUGAUGAAAUUAAACAAGCUAUCAUACAAUUUCGAAAUGCUGAUAAGAAACUUCAAGAAAUUUCUGAUUUAAAUAUUCAGUCAACUGUACAACAUUCGGAGGCAUACUUUUCAAGCAGAAUUAUUAACUUAACUGGAUUAAAUAAUAGUAUUGCUGGAUAUAAAGAGAAUGAAGAAAGUAAUAAUAACAUAAUCUGCGAACAAGUCGAUAGAAGCCGGCAAAUUUAG